AUGGCUCCCCUAACACCCGUUGUGCCUAGAAAGAAGGUUGCCAUUAUCGGUGGUGGUGCGGCGGGAAUAGGUGCACUAUGGGCCCUGAAUCGAACCCACCACGAUGUCUACCUGUACGAAGCCGCUGAUCGACUCGGUGGCCACACGAAUACCGUGGAAUUCAAGCAUGAUAAGUACAAAAGUCUGGUGGACACAGGCUUCAUGGUCCUGAACACCGCUACCUACCCAAACUUCCUUGCUUUCUUAAAAGCUGUAAAUGUACCGACGCUACCAACUGAGAUGACCUUCGGUGUCUCUCGAGAUCAUGGAUUGUUCGAAUGGGCGGGGUCAUCCCUCUCGGCGGUUUUCACGCAGCGUAGAAACCUCCUCUCCCCACGGAUGUGGAGGAUGAUAUUCGACGUAAUCCGAUUCAAUCAGUUUGCAUUGGAUCUACUGAGGCUUAAGCAAGAGAGUGAAGAAUACACAAACUGCACAAAUGGAAGCGGUGUGUAUGCCAAGCGCCAGGAGACCAUUGGACAGUAUCUCGAGCGAGAAGGAUACUCAGACGCAUUCCGAGAUGACUAUCUUAUACCUCUGACUGCUGCUCUGUGGAGUACCAGUCCAGAUAAAUGCUUACUAGAAUUCCCAGCUGUGACUCUGGUGCGCCUUUUGUGGAAUCACCAUCUCCUGUCAAUGGCGUCGACUAGACCUCAAUGGCUCACUCUCAAAUAUGGCGCUCAAAGCUACAUUGAUGCCGUGAUGAGAGGCUUCCCUCCUAAUCACUUAUUUCUUAAUACCCCUGUUAAAUCGAUAAUCAACAGCGACUCUGGCCGUGUCCGCCUCCAGCUGGAGAAUGGAAGAACAGAUCUCUACGACCAUGUAAUAAUAGCUACUCAUGGCAACCAAGCGCACAACCUCAUUCUGCCCGAAGCCAGCUAUGAAGAGCGUGACAUUCUAUCCGGAUUCCAAAGCAGCAAAAACACUGUCUUUCUCCACUCCGACAUCUCCCUAAUGCCCAAAUCCCGGAAAGCUUGGUCAUCGUGGAACUCCAUCACCGCGUCUUCGGCAUCAUCUUAUAAUGUUGAUCGAGGAUGCUUAACCUACAACAUGAAUGUCCUCCAACGGAUCCCCGAGGAAGCCUUUGGGCCCGUCCUCGUGACUCUCAACCCGCUACACCCUCCAGAUCCGGGCUCCGUUCAGGGCAGCUACACAUACUCGCAUCCUGUCUACAACUCUGCCGCCAUCCGUUCGCAGAGCUUGCUGCCGCAGAUCCAAAACACCAGGGGCAUCAGCUACUGUGGUGCGUGGACCAAGUACGGGUUCCAUGAAGAUGGCUUCUCAAGCGGGUUGCAAGUCGCCCAGGAGCAUCUCGGAGCGAAGCUGCCAUUCGAGCUCAAGGAUAGCCCGUUCAGCCGAGAUGAGACACCGGUUCUGAGAAUUCGGGAUCUGUUGUUGAGAGUUUUGAUUAUGGUUUUGCAGAUGGUUAUCCUGAGGAUAGAGGAGCUAUUUAUGGUUCAGCGAGCGCGGCGUUAG